AUGAACCCGCCGGCCCCUGUCAAGGCGGUGCCUACCGCCCGUCCAUACCGCGACUUCCUGACGCCCUCCUUGCACACAAGAUUCACUAGUGCUGCUCUGCUCGCUCUUGCAGCAUGCUGGCUCAUCUCGAUUCCCUUGGCUAGUCCUGGCCUGUUCUGGUCCUGGUUCCCUCUCGGCCCUGCUGGUAUCCGCACCCUCUUCCUCUUCAUCUCAUCGCUCUCCAUCUUUGUCCUCCGAGUUGCCCAACUACACUUUGGCCCACGAACCUCCAUCUCGACCUUUGAGUCUUUCUGGAACUACCUCGUAUCCAAGAACACCAUCCUCACAUGCUUCUGGUACACUCUCUCGGCCUUCCUCUAUGUAGAACUCUACAUCUUCUCCACCGCCAAAGAUGCCAAUCUCGCAUCUAUCGACCCUGGCAGAUCGUACGAACGUCCCAAAUUGAACGAGCGUCCCAUUCUUCUCCGCUCUCAGUUCUUGUUCCUCGCUCUAGCUCAGUCUGCCAUCCAUCUCUACAAAGACUACGACUUGAUCCGCCUGCCGCAGUCUCCAACCAAGAACUCGCCGCUCGUGCAGCUCAGAGACGAGUUUAAGAACAUCGUCGCCCACACUGCCAAGCUGGUCAGUCUUACCUGCUUGUUUGGUCCUUUCUUCUAUUUCGCCCUCUGGAGGAAUCUCGCAUGGUCUCUGACCUUCAAGAUUGGCCGUACUCUCUUCUUUUUGCCCAAGUCGACAAGGCCUGCAGGUCUUACCGACCCCUUCUCUCUCAUUGCGCGCUUCCUCUGGUCUUCGACGCUUCUGGUCGCCUUGUGGGAGCUAUCCAACCGUGCAUUCACCAUUUACACUUCUCAAGAACCCGUCAAGAAGAACAAGCCUCUGACCGCCGAUUCGAAAGAUCCUAACGGUAGUUUACUUGCUGGUCUAAAGGCAAAGAAAGAGAUUCCCAAGACCAUGGCUUUCUGGGAACUUGCCAUGAUCACUAGAAAAUUCGAGGAACGUAGAAAGACUCUGUUCACUGAGCUUGACAGAAAGGGUGGAUCUACCUGGUCUCAAGUCUCUGGCACUUGUUUGAUCGAAAUUCAGUCCGUCAUCCAGCGCAUCCAGGACUCGCAAGGCGCUAUUGCCCACACGCCUGAACAACCCCCUCAGCCAAUACAAACCCUUCCCAAGAUCUCAUCGCGCCCUGUCAGAGAGGACGUCAUCUUCAUGGCACCAGCACCACCCUCAACUGGCCUGCAGGCCUUCGAGACUUCUGUCGGUCUGGUCGCCAGAUCUUACGGCCAGUCUCACGGCUCUACGAAUCCCGUCAGUCCUCGAGCACAGAAGCUGCUCGAAUAUGGUGCUGAUCGUAUCUUGACCAAGGAGCAACAGGAACAGCUCGGUCGCGCCGGCAUGGUCAACAAUGCCAACGGGCUGAUCUCUUGGCUCAUCAGAACGCCAAUCGGCAUGCCGUUCCGUCAAUCCUUUGCCCGUCGCGUCAACGCAGUUGUCUUUGGUGUCCCUUACAGCACUGGUGCCAUCAUCACCAAUGCCAUAAAUGCUGUCUGCGGCCUCGCAGUCGCCAGUCUGAAAGAAGACAACCUCGGCCAAGUGCAAAAAGACAUCUCAACCAUCGUCCGCACUCUGAUCAUCACCACACAACAGAUUCAAAUCUUCAUCCGAAACCUACCUCCGCAUUGGACAGAUAUGGAUUUUGACGGCAAUCGUCAAGUCCCUGAGGUCGAAGAGUUGUUGAAGGGUUUGGGUGAUGGCCUGCAUGAGAUUGUGGUUACGUUCGGCGAGUAUGCUACUAAUCUGGGACUCUCAAGGUCUGAGAUGAUGAUUGCUAGAGACCUAGCGGGCAGAGGUCCUGAAAUGGAGUCUGUUAAAUAA